AUGACCGUUGUUGCAUUUCUUUGGCUUGAGUUACUUGCAAUAACAGCCAUCAAUAUUAGCUUCUGCAAUGGAAGCUCUUACAUGGGUUGUAUUCAAAGUGAGAGAGAAGCACUUUUAAGGUUCAAGCAAGAUCUUGAAGAUCCUUCCAACCGACUUGCAUCUUGGAAUGGUGAUGGAGAUUGUUGUACAUGGCAUGGCGUUGUCUGCAACAACUUCACAGGCAACGUCCUUGUGCUCCACCUUACACCUUCACAGGCAGCGUUCUUUUUAAUAACAUUUGAUUUGUCUGCUCAAAUAGAUGGGCAAAGGUCAAGGUUUGGUGGUAAGAUAAAUCCCUCUUUGCUUAAUUUAAAGCAUUUGACUUACUUGGACUUAAGCGCUAAUAAUUUUGAAGAAAUUCAAAUUCCUGAAUUUCUUGGUUCUAUGGGUAGUCUAAGAUACCUUAAUCUCUCUUCAAAUAGAUUCCAGGGUAUGAUUCCUCACCAACUUGGAAAUUUAUCUAAUCUGCAAUAUCUUGAUCUCGGUCGUAAUAAUGAUUUCCAGUCAUUAUAUGUUGAGAAUUUUUCUUGGUUGUCCGGUCUUUCUUUGUUAAAGAAGCUUGAUUUGAGCAACGUCAACAUAAGUAAAGCCUCAAAAGAGCGUCUGGUGAUAAAUGCACUUCCUUCUUUACAGUUUUUACGUUUGUCAUUUUGUGGUCUUCAUCGCUUUCCUCCGUUGUCUUUUGUGAAUUUUUCAUCUUUAACCUUCCUUGAUUUGAGUAGUAAUAAUUUUCAAGGUACAAUACCUGAUGGACUUCAAAACUUGACAUCUCUUAAGUAUCUUGAUUUAGGUUUCAAUGAUUUCAAUUCAUCAGUACCAAACUGGUUGUACAAACUUAGCCGUCUGGAAGACCUUUCCCUUGGUGGCAACCACUGGCAAGGAACGAUUUCUAGUGCUGUACGAAACUUGAGUUUUCUCAAAACACUUGAUCUCUCAUCUAGUAAUCUUGAAGGGGGAAUCCCGACAUCUUUUAGAAGAUUUUGCAACGUACGGUCAAUCUCUAUGUCAUCGAUGAAUUUGAAUCAAGACAUAUCUGAAGUCUUAGAGAUUUUCUCAAAAUGUGUUUCGGCAGGAUUAGAGUCUCUGGAUUUGGCUAGCAGUAAUCUUUUUGGUCAUUUGACAAAUCAACUCGGACAAUUUAAAAAUUUAGAAUUUCUUAAUCUUUUUAACAACUCUAUUUCUGGUCCUUUUCCAUCAUCUUUGGGAGAGCUUUCCUCAUUGCGAGUUCUAGUGCUUUCAGGAAACAAAUUGAAUGGAACUCUUUCUGAAGUGCACUUUUCCGGUCUCACAAAAUUGAUAUAUUUUGGUGCAUCUGGAAGUUCUCUAAUGUUCAAAAACACUGCUGAGUGGAUCCCGCCUUUUAAACUUCAAAUUUUGCUAUUGAGGUCGUAUCAUUUGGGGUCUCAAUUUCCAUCCUGGCUUCAUUCACAAAAGCAUUUACUUGUUCUAGAUAUAUCCAACUCAAGUAUUUUAGAUACUCUUCCUGCUUAUUUAUUUAAAGCCCCUUUCCAAAUUGUUUACCUGAAUCUCUCUCACAACCAAAUAUAUGGAAAGAUUCCAAAUCUAAUGGAGUCAUCAAAACUUGAGUCACUGGACUUAAGCUCAAAUAAUUUAUCAGGUCCAUUGCCUCUCACACCCUUCAACAUGCAUGAACUCAACCUUUCCAACAACAGUUUGUCAGGAUCAAUUUCUCACUUCUUGUGUUACAAGAUGAAUGAGGCAAAGAGAUUGAUGCAAAUUCUCAUCCUUAGCAAAAACUUCUUCCACGGAGAAUUACCAGAUUGUUUGGGAAUUGGCAAAACUUAA